AAAAGAAACAAUUUACAUGAAUAAAAAUCUCGUAAAAACUUCCACGUUCCAUUUUUAUAAUUGUACUACGAACCUGUCAUGACUCAUGAGACGUGUUAGACUUUUCCCUUUACUUCAUCUCUAAACUUAUAACCGACAAAUGGCAACCGGAGAAUUCUUCCGACAAGUAACACUGCCUGAGCAAAAAUCCCAUAACGACGGUGGUCUCUUCCCGGCGGUGUUAUCCCCCACUUGUACCACUGCAGUACAUCUUUCCACUUUUAAAGAGGCGAUCAUGGCUCAUAAACCAUGGCUGGAAUCUAUUCUCCUCAACACUGGCGCUAUUCUCUUCCGAGGCUUCCCGGUUACAUCUCCGUCCGACUUCAACGACGUCGUUGAAGCUUUCGGCUUCCCGGAAUUCCCCUACGUCGGCGGCCGAGCCUCUCGGACCCAAGUUGUUGGUAGGGUUUAUACUGCAAAUGAAAGUCCUCUUCAUAUGGAGGUUCCUUUUCAUCAUGAGAUGGCUUAUGUUCCAGAUUCCCCCACCAAGUUAUUCUUCUUUUGCGAAGAAGAACCAGGAGAAGGGGGAGAAACCCCCAUUGUUCUGAGUCAUAUCGUCUACGAAAAGAUGAAAGAGAGACAUCCGGAUUUCGUUGCACAGCUUGAGGAGCAUGGAUUGACAUAUAUAAAGAUAGCAGGUGAUCGGGACGAUCCAUCAUCCGUUACUGGUAGUAGUUGGAAGAAGGCAUACCAAACCGAUGACAAGAACGUUGCAGAGGAAAGGGCGGCGAAGCUGGGAACAAAGCUAGAAUGGAUGGGGAAUACUGCAAAAGUUAUAACAGGUCCAGUACCUGCGAUCAGGUUUGACGAGGCGAGUCGCAGGAAAACAUGGUUCAAUAGUCUUGCUGUUACUUAUAGUGUUCCUGCGAGUGAGAAGCGGAAUACAUCCGUAGAGCUGGGUAGUGGCGAUCCUGUGGAUGAAGAUGCUGUGAAAGACAUGUUGAGAAUCUUGAAAGAAGAAUGUGUUGCAAUACCUUGGAAGAAAGGCGACGUUCUUUUAGUCAAUAAUCUGGCGGUUCUUCAUAGCCGACGGCCGCUAAUAAAGCCUCCCCGUCGUAUACUAGCUUCAUUGUGCAAGUGAUAUAAUAAAGCCUCCAUAACCUUGGCAACUUUCUUAAUGAAUGACUAUCUAUGAUCAAAUAAUGAACAUGACCAAUUCAUCAUCUUAGUGCAUUUUGCACAUAUAGGUCAAGACAACAAAAUUUCUAUCUUACUUUGAUGAAUUUUCCAGAUUCUAGCUAAUGGGAAUCUGAAUGUACACUUCAUCUUGUCAUGGGAAGAAUAAAAAAAAGGUUGAAUGCAACCAUUAGUUGUUUACAUUUCGCUUACCUUGUUUAAGUUAUUGUAAUGAAGGUAAUUGUGCUUGUAAUAUGGUAGUUAUCAUUGCUUAACAAUUAUGAUUUUAGAC